CCCCCAUGGCCGCCGUCAUCACCUUCCUCAUCCUCUUCACCAUCUUCGGCAACUCGCUGGUCAUCCUGGCCGUGCUCACCAGCCGGGCGCUCACAGCCGCCCAGAACCUCUUCCUGGUGUCCCUGGCGGCGGCCGACAUCCUGGUGGCCACCCUCAUCAUCCCCUUCUCGCUGGCCAACGAGCUGAUGGGCUACUGGCACUUCCAGAAGACCUGGUGCGAGAUCUACCUGGCCCUGGACGUGCUCUUCUGCACCUCCUCCAUCGUGCACCUGUGCGCCAUCAGCCUGGACCGGUACUGGUCCGUCAGCCGGGCCAUCGAGUACAACGCCAAGCGGACGCCCCGGAGGAUCAAGUGCAUCAUCCUGAUCGUGUGGAUGAUCGCGGCCUUCAUCUCCCUGCCCCCCCUCAUCUACAAGGGGAACAAGGGGGGGCACGAGGCCGGCCGGCCGCAGUGCAAGCUCAACGAGGAGGCCUGGUACAUCCUCUCCUCCAGCAUCGGCUCCUUCUUUGCCCCCUGCAUCAUCAUGAUCCUGGUCUACCUGCGGAUUUACCUGAUCGCCAAGCACCGCACCCGGCACGGCUCCACGGGCAAGAAGCCCCAGGCUGGGGAGAAGGGGGCGGCUAGGAAAACCGCGGGCCUGUCGGUGGAGACCUCUCCCCAGCAGCCGGACGCGAGAGAGCCCAGCGGGCAUCAGGGGCGCGUGGAGGACGAGGACCCGCCGAUGACUCCGACGUGCCCUGCCCACAGGACAUCUCUCCUGAGCCUGGAGGAGCAGCCGCCUCCACCGGUCGCUAGCCCUUGCCAGCCCCCAGUGGAGACGAAAGAGCCCCCUGGCUCCAGCCCGCCGGAGCGCUCCCCCCGCUGCAGCCUCAAGCAGAGUAACGGGCAUGCCCAGAGCUCUGCCCGGGGCAUGGAGACCCUGGCCACGGCCAAGGGGGAGGUGCUGCUGGUGCGGCGGGUGAAGACCUUGAGUGCCAGCCCGUGGAAGCGGAAGACCCACCUCAACAGGGAGAAGAGGUUCACCUUUGUCCUUGCCGUGGUCAUCGGGGUCUUCGUCCUCUGCUGGUUCCCCUUCUUCUUUCUCUACAGCCUGGGGGCCAUCUGCCCCGAGCUCUGCAAGGUCCCCGAGAGCGUGUUCCAGUUCUUCUUCUGGAUCGGCUACUGCAACAGCACCCUGAACCCCAUCAUCUACACCAUCUUCAACCAGGACUUCCGCAAGGCCUUCCGUAAACUCCUCUGCCGGCAGGGCCCCCGGACUGCCUGGUGAGACAGCGGGCAGAGGGGCGGUGGGUACUGGGGGGGUGCGGUGCAGCGGCGAAGGAGGGGCCCAGUGUCAGCACGCCACCGGGGCGAUUUCAACCACGUCUAUUUAUUCAUCGGCUUCUGUGUGUGCAGCGCGGGGCUGGGCGGUGGAGACAGACGUGCGUUUCCAAGACUCCGUUUGGGAGCUGCCUUUUUCUACAUAGCUCUAUAUUUCCUGCCCGCGAGUGGCAGGCUCAGGACCAACGGAUUUCCCACCGGGCCGGGGAGCUC